AUGUCCUCGACAUCAUUUCAAGACUGGUACAUCGUGAAGAGGAACCUCAACUCGGGCGCCAAGAAGAUAGUAGAGGCGUAUGGUGGUUCUGCGAUAUGGAAACCAAACUUUCUAUAUGUCAAGGCGCGUGAGAAGUAUUUUGUUGCCUGGAAUUAUCAAGAAACCCAUGGAUUUGAGGUGAUAAAGGAUGAUUGGAUGGACGGGGAUAAAGAGAAAAUCAAGGAGUUUGACAAGGACUUAAUGAAAUUUGAGAAGUAUUCCAAAAUAGUUAAAUGGGAAGAAGUUGUGCAGCAUUUCAUUCCUGCUAUUCCCACGGAGGAGAAAGAAGUUGAGAUCACUCUCGAGACCCCCGUAGAAGAGAAGAAAGGUACUAAUCUCGUUUUAUUACUUUUUCUGUCUUUAGGUUAUGUCAUCGAGCAAUGCUGUUUCUCGACUAUGAGUGCAGCCUCGAUGGCCCACCUGAUGCACCUAAGUAAACUGAGGAACGAAUUGGUGCAAGCUUGGGCUAAGAGAGACCAAGCUUUGAUCGAGAAGGUUACUCUCGAGGAGAAGUCUCAGAAGAUUGAAGCCAUGGAGCAAGAGUUGGCUUCUGUGCAGGCUAGGAUAUCAACAAAUGGGAUUGUAGCAGCAAUUGAGGAAGUUAACAUUGCUGCCACCAAGUAUGGUGCCCAUAAAGUAGCAGUUGCAGGCCUCGAGAGGCUUAAUGGGGACAGGCCCAUCAAGGCCAAGUGGCUCAAGCAGUUCCUGCGGGAAAGCCCAAAGAAGACCAUGCACGAGGCGCUGGAAAAUGUCCUUACAAAGCUCAACAUCGAGCAGCUACCCCUAUUAAAGUCUUUAUGUGGAGCUCUCGCCAAGGUGCGUACUCCCAAGGAAAUCACCACGUUCCCUGGUGAUCUUGCAACAGUAUUGUCUAAGGGCCCAAGCGAAGAAGAGCCAGUCCCUGAGGUGCUAGAUGAGUACAUGGGUAUUGAGCUCGAGGACGCUGAUGACGAGGCCUCAGAGGAAGACGUGGUUGACACUGGCCAUUCAGGAGCCCAGAAGAAUGCUAGGGAGGCAUCUCAAAGUCUUCCAAAGGACAACUCUUCUGGCCAAGCUGCUGUAUGA